AAAACUACAACGGGGAGAAAAACAUAAUAAUAAAUCAGAUAUAAAUCAGAAACGGAAACAGUAAACUCCGAUCGGGAAAAACCACCCGAAAUUCAAGCUCAGUGGGUGUGGUCUGCGUGGAAUGACGAUGGACCGGGAGAAGGAGAGAGAGAUUGAGCUCGAGAGUGCUAUGUACACAAACUGCCUGCUCCUGGGUUUGGAUCCCACCAUUAUCGGAAUCGGGUCGAACAACGGCGCCCAUCGGGUCGGGCUAUUCCGCCAUUCCAACCCCAAAUUGGGCGAACAGCUUUUGUACUUCAUUCUCUCAUCUCUCCGCGGCCCAGUUCAAUCUGCCAAGGCAUAUUCCAUCUCUUAUUUUUAUAUUCUGACCGUGGAUCCCUUUUUACAGGACUUCGAUAAGGUGUGGCCUAUUUUCGAUUCAGCUCAGUCUAGGGAUUUUCGGAAGGUGGUGCAAGGGAUUAUUAGUGAACUGGAAUCACAAGGAGCACUGCCUAGAAGUAAUUCGAGGGUUUCAUCUCUUGCAACUUGCUGCGGUCCAAGAUUUGUCGAAUUAUUAUGGCAACUUUCCCUGCACGCUCUGAGGGAGGUGCAUAGGCGAACAUUUGCGGCUGAUGUAGCAUCAAAUCCACUGCCUGCUCCAUUAACUGAUGUCGCCUUUUCUCAUGCAGCUACACUACUUCCUGUAACCAAGGCUAGAAUAGCUCUCGAAAGAAGAAGGUUCCUGAAAAAUGCAGAGACUGCAGUUCAAAGGCAGGCAAUGUGGUCGGAUUUGGCUCAUGAAAUGACAGCAGAAUUUCGUGGUCUGUGUGCUGAAGAGGCAUAUCUCCAGCAAGAGCUUGAAAAACUACAUGAUUUAAGAAACAAAGUCAAACUGGAGGGUGAGCUCUGGGAUGAGCUCGUAUCUAGCUCAAGUCAAAAUUCACACAUAGUUCAAAGAGCAUCUCGAUUGUGGGAAUCAUUGUUAUCGCGCAAAAGUCAACAUGAGGUCCUUGCUUCAGGCCCAAUUGAGGAUCUUAUAGCUCACCGUGAGCAUAGGUAUCGUAUCUCUGGGUCGUCUUUGCUUGCAGCAAUGGAUCAAAGUUCUUUAGUUUCUAGUAAUAUGACUCCACAAGUAGAUAAUGAUGAAAAGGAGAGUUCACAAGAUCUUAAUAGUAAAUCAGAAUAUUCUCCUACUAAUGGAAAUGAAGAAAACUUUUCUCGACUAGAUGAGAAAAGUACGAGAGGACAACCCACUGUUGAUAUUGCUGAAAUAUUGCGACGUUGGACCCAUGCGUUGCAGCGCAUUCAUAAGCAAUCACUCCAACUAGCAAAAGCCAAUGAUGGACAUGGUCCAGAGCUACUACGGAGUGUGCAUGACGGUAGUACUAGCAAUCAUGCCGAAUCAUUGGCAGCAACACUGGCUGAACAUAGGCAGCACCUAGACAGCAUACAGGUGCUGAUUAAUCAACUAAAGGAUGUUGGUCCAACCAUACAAAACUCAAUAAAAGAACUUACUGAGGAAGUCCACAGCAUAUCAUCCAAUCUACCUCCUGUUAUGAAGAUUCGAUCAAACUCACCUGUCCAGGCGCAGAGCAACGGGAGGACAUUGGGAAGUAGUACUGAUGAGGAAUUAGUCUCUAGAUUGUCGUCUGUUCAGCUUGAAAAGGUGACAGCUAGCCCUCCUACUUUGAAACUGCCGCCAUUAUUCAGCUCAACACCAAGUUCUUCUGGAAAAGGUGGGAAUACACAAAAGCGUCAUAUUGUGGCCGAAACAAAUCCCACAGAAACUGUAAUGGAGAAGAACUUUGUGGAUCAGCCUCCAUCAAACAGUCUCAUUGAUAAUUCAACACAUGAUGAGGACUUUCUCUUUCUGCAAAACCUAAAGAGAUCAGUUAGGGAAGCGGCUCUUUCUUCUCAAUCAUGCAAUGUGGAGUCAUCACUAGAUAGUAACCCUAAUGAGUGCUCAGAGCACUUCUUUGUACCACUUUCUGGGGCUGGGUUUUCCCGCCAUGGCCAAGAUAAGAAACAUAACUCUCUAAAGAGUAGACAGUUAUUCACAUCUCAAGUAGAUUCUUCCUUGCUUUCUAAAGAUAAUGAUCUUGGGAGCAAACGUUUAGUGACAGACAUGUUGAAGGAAUUGGAGUCCCACAAUGAAUUUGACAGUGAUAAGGGUUUCCUUCCUGCUUUUGGCUCAAAUUCGCCAGUUUCUGAAGCUUGUAGGGAAUUUUAUGCUGUCGAUGAAGCUCAGGAUCAAGUUUUCUCACCUCCGUUAUUAAUGGAUGCAGCGCUUUUGGGAGAUUCUUACGAGGAUUUGCUUGCGCCCUUAUCAGACACUGAAACAGCUUUGAUGGAGUAUUGACAAUCAAACAUUACGGGCUUGCUGCAGUAGUUUCGAGCGAUAAUAAUCUCUAGUGGUGUUUCUUCUGCUUAUUAUUUUUCAACUGGGAGAGUCCCUAUGUGGUACAUAAUGUAUUUUGUCCACUCCCACUUGUGUUGCAUAUAUGUAUUUUUUUUCAACUGAAGGAUUGAUGAUUUGGUUUGACUCGUGCUGAAUGUGACCAUAUUUAUGAAGAAGUGUCUUUGGUGCUGAAAUAUGCCACUCGGGAAGUGUCGCCACGGUAUAAUUUUCUCCAGUAUGAAAAGACACGAGGUUACUAAUUGCUCCAAAUUGAUCGAAAUUUGUCGCUGAAAAGGUUGGUUCAUGAAGUUAUGUUUUUAUUAAGUGUAGAGAUUCAUGCUGAUCCAUUUCAUUUGGUAAGCUGAUGUAUAAUAAAAAACAUUGGAUGGGUUGUUGAGUGAGUUGAUGAUUGGUGUUCAUUGCUUUUGAAAUUCCUUCAUGUUUUCCAACGCGCACAUAUUUGAAUUGUUUUAUUGUUCAUAAUCAGAGAUUGUAUCCCAUGUUUUUGAUGUGUUUGUCAUUGAUAAUGCUUGGAGCCAAGGUAUUGUAUCCAUCGUGUGGUGCGAAAUUAAUAAUACUGAUUUGCUGUGGUUUGAAGACUACCCAAUUUAGAGGUAAUGUUGAGAAAAUUGCUGGGAGGACCAUAUCUUUUUAUGUUAUGCAUUCUUUACAAAUAAGCAAGUUGUUUAAUGUUUACAAUCAUUGAGACAUUGGUUAGAAGCUACUUCCUUCUCUUUUUUCUGUUUGACCCACAUCAUAUUACUAUAAUGAUUGGUUGUUUGCUUAUGUAUUCCCUAAGCAGCUGUAUAUGUAUUAUUCUAUUUGUAUGAGAAUUGUAUUAGCCUUAUUUAAAUGAAAGUGAUGAAUAUUUCUAUGUCCACAUUGGGUUGUUUUUACUUACUUCUAAUUGAACAAUUGAUUUACUUGUCCUUGGUGGAUAAUAAUUGUGGAUCUCGGUAUUGUGU